AUGGCGACGCCUUAUUGGGCAGCCCUGGACGAAGAGUGGGAUAAACUGAAGGAUUUCUGCGAAAAACAAGGGGCUUUUGUUCUGAAAUCUAUUCAAACAACCGCCGAUGACACUUUAUUUCACUUGGCAGUGUUCAGCAAAAGUGAAGAACCGCUUAAAAGUCUCCUUGACAUUGCUAAAGGGGAUCCUUGGACAAAGCGUUUAUAUUCGAAAAAGAAUAUCUACGGAAACACAGCUCUUCAUGAGGCUGCCGCCGAUGGCAACAUUAAGGCGGUAAGGCUCCUGAUGCAACACGAUAAGGAGCUCCUUAAGGAUAGAAAUGAAGAAGGCGAAACCCCGCUGUUUAAAGCUGCUGCAUAUGGGCAAACAGAGGGGUCAGAAACGGCUUUAAUGUUACUGAAACUGGAUAAGUCGUUAGCAACAUUAGAGGACGGAGAUGGCAUAACCAGUCUUGAACUGCUCGCUACUAUGCCCUCUGCUUUCAGAAGUGGCUACCGAAUGAGCAUGUGGAAAAGACUCCUCUACUUUUGUCCUCUGAUUGAUGCAAAACGAAGAAUAGGGUUGCCAAUACUGAGAAGAAUCUUGAAAUAUAAGAGAAAGCAUAAUCUUGCUUUUAAACUCACCCUGACCCUAAUAGAUAAAGAUGCUACGUGGGUGCAGAUUGCUAAAAAAAGACACUCUGAUAUUUUUCAACCACCAGGAAAUAAAAUCGCUAUCCAGGCAGAAGAAAGUGAAGUUUCAAAACCAAUCGCGUUAUUUCUGGCUACCGAAAGAGGAAUACUAGAGAUUGUCAAGGAGAUACUUAAACAAACGCCCCAGUUGGCUUAG